AUGGAAGACCGAAAAGAAUUGACAACCACCACCGCCCACGGCCCUCCUCCGGCCAAAAGCCAACGUUUUGAUCGAUGUUUAUCGUUACCCUUUGCGGAGAUAAAGAUAGAACCAACUUCGAUCAAAUCAUUAAAACAUCUUGAUUCAACCAAGUUCAAACUCGAGAUUAAGAAAUGGGCAAAAUCCGUCGCAAAAUAUGCAAGACAAUAUGCCAUGGUUACUGAUAAAGGGAGUUCUUACUAUGGGGCACAAGUUUGGCUUAAUGUAUGGAACCCGAAAGUUGAGUAUGGUGAGUUAAGUGCGAGUAAAAUGUGGCUUGUUGGAGCAAAAUCACAAGAUUUCAAUGAAGAGUACAAUAGUAUUGAAGCUGGAUGGAUAGUUUAUCCAUCAAGAUACAAGGAUAGCAAAACAAGAUUCUACAUAUCUUGGACGGGUGAAGGAGCUAAUAAUACUGGAUGCUAUGAUCUUGAUUGUCAAGGCUUUGUCCAAACAAAUAGAAAAUAUGCCAUUGGUGCUUCAAUAACACCUGUUUCUUCUUAUAAUGGAAGUCAAUUUGAACUUCCAGUUACCAUUUUCAAGGAUACAAGAACAGGAGAUUGGUGGCUUCAAUUGUCUGGGACCAACAUGGGGUAUUGGCCUAAUUCUCUCUUCACAGUCCUUUCGGACCAUGCAAAUAUAGUAAAUUGGGGUGGGGAGAUUUUGAAUGAUAGAUCGGAAGGACAUCAUACAACUACUCAAAUGGGAAGUGGUCAUUUUCCAACCGAAGGAUAUAAAAAAUCAGCUUUUAUGACCGUUUUAAGGGUAACCGAUUCCAACUAUGCUCAAAGAAAUCCAGGAUUCCUAAAAUAUACCUUGACUAGCCUAGGAUGUUAUGACGUAAAAAUUGUCGAUAGAGAUUCCGGUGGUCACGCGGUAUCUUUUGGAGCUUGUCAAUCGAUAUACAAUGUUUCUGCCACAACCGAAAAAGUAUCGGAUUUGAAGCACAAAGGCUAUGUAAAAACAAUAGAGACCAACGACGGAGAAAUAAUUGACUGUGUUGAUAUAUAUAAACAACCCGCAUUUGAUAAUCCUCUUAUUAAAGAUAUACAGAUGAGUCCUAGUUCUUAUCCUCUUGGAAUGGAAACGGAUUCAAAAUCCAAUCAAAUGCUACUUCAAGAUUGGCAAAAAUAUGGAGAAUGCCCGGAAGGCACGAUUCCCAUAAGAAGAAGUACAAGUUCUAGCCACCAUACCGAGUCUCCGCCAUUUGCUAUGAUUCAACGACAAAGUAAUUUUAGUAUUAAAUCGUCUCCAAGUGAUGGCCAUGAGUAUGCCCUGGUUUCUGACGAAGGCAGCAAUUACUAUGGAGCCAGUGCAACACUUAAUGUAUGGAACCCUAGUGUUGAGUAUGGCGAGUUCAGUUCUGGUCUAAUAUGGGUUAUUUCAUCGACAGCAAAAGAAUUUUAUGAAAACUUCAAUAGCGUUCAAGCCGGAUGGACGGUAUAUCCAUCAAGAUACAAAGACAUCCGAGCACGAGUCUUUAUAUAUUGGACGGGUGAUGGAUAUCAAAAGACAGGAUGCUUUGAUCUUGAUUGCAAAGGCUUUGUCCAAAUAAGUAGGCACCUUGUCCUUGGUGCUGCAUUAGAACCUCUUUCCUCUUAUGGUGGGAGGCAAUAUGAGAUACCAAUUACCAUUUUUAAGGACUCAAAAACAGGAGAUUGGUGGCUUAAAAUAGCUGGGAAUUUUAUAGGGUAUUGGCCUAAAUCUCUUUUCACCGGCCUUGUUGAUCAUGCCACUUUAGUGAAUUGGGGCGGAGAGAUUGUUAACGAUAGAUCGGGAGGGCAUCACACGACUACUCAAAUGGGAAGUGGUCAUUUCCCAUCGGAAGGCUUUACCAAAGCAGCUUAUAUGGAUAGGUUGAAAGUAUUUGAUUCCGACAUUGUUGCAAAAGAUCCGGGGUUUAUAGUAUCAACUCUUACUAGUUUAGGAUGCUAUAACAUAACAAUCGAGAGGAAAGUAGAUGGUCAAUCAAUAUCUUAUGGAGGUCCUGGAUUUAACCCAGCAUGCUUUUGA